UUAAGACCCAUAUGUAUCAUGACAAGUUUUCUUUUGUACUUACUAAGAGGCACUGUUUUUUUUGUUUUUUGUUUUAAUAAUUAUUAUUAUUUUGUUAUUAAGAGGCACUGUUGGUGUUGUAGUUUUGUCAGCUCCCUUAAACUUUAAUUAAUAACAGCUCCAACGUCAGAAAAAAAACAAUCCGCAUCCUGAUUCCUUUCACGCUUGAGAUAAACAUGAAACCACAUCCACGAUUUCUAUAUAUAUAUAUAAACAUAUUUUAUGACACAUAAUUACACAAACCUCACUAUCAAACAAAGGAUAUGGAUGCCCAUGGAAACCAUCUGGGAGGUCAUAACAUCAAUGACUUUGAGUUACAAGACCUCAUAGAUGAUGCAAACUUUGGUCAAUUCAUUGAUCUUAUCCGCGGCCAGAACGAAGAUCCAGUGGUUAGUUUUGAUUGUGACCUUAUGAUCAAUGGCUGCUUUGAUGAUUAUAACCUGUUUUGUCCAGCAAGUACUACUUCAGCUGUGGUUUUUGGUUUCAAUGAUGCCGUUGCAUCCGACCCAAGUGCUUCUUUUCUUGGCACAUUAUCCGACCCAAGUGCUCCUUUGCUUACCACAUUACCAAAUUUUGAUGGAGAAAUGAAGGGUGGGGAAGAAGAUCAUAAUGGCAAGGAUUCGUCUGGAACAACGACGACGAACAAGAGGCAAAAGGUUGAUCGGUCGAGAACCUUGGUCUCGGAGAGGAGGAGGAGGAGGAGGAGGAGGAUGAAAGAAAGGCUCUAUGCACUGCGGUCCUUGAAAGAAAUUGGGAUGUGACUAUGCAUAGCUUUAUUGUAGCCUUGAAAGAAAUUGGGAAAUAAGAAGUGUGGAUUGCGGCAAGUAUGCACGUGUCCUAAUGAGCUGU